AUGGUCGAUAUCAAUGGCUUUUACCAUCCACAUUGGUUUGGAUCUUGUAAACCUGUAUAUGUUUAUCAGUUACCAUGGUAUGUUUGCGGUAAAUUGUGUUAUACUUUGUAGAAUUACAGUAGAAUUUGACAAUAUAUAGAUGCGGUAGGCUUAUGACAAUAUGUUUGCAGGAUAAUUGGCCAUGAUACAUGUCCAGAUUUACCGUCGUAUAGUGGUUACUUUCCAUUGUAUUACGUCGUAUUUCCUUUCAAACUACAGUUCAGCAUACGAGCUGAUAACAGUGGUAAAACAUGUACUGCAAGGUAAGUUAUUUUUUUGAUGGUAAAACAUCAUAUGUUGAUAUUAAACCAUCAUGUAUUAUAAUAUGUUGCAGCUUCCGUCUAUAUAUAGAUGACUGUGAGUUGUUCUACACUGGACAAGACAAGGUAACGGAAAAGUUACUACACUUUGAAGUAUCGUACGUUGACCCUACUGUAGGUAUUUUACUGUCAGUAGAAGGGAAGCAGAUGUACAGUAGGAAGUGCCGCGAGAGAUAUACGAGCAAGCGAUACGCCAAUAUAUCAAUUACAGGGACGGCCGCGGACACUGAGUCUUACUGUAACGUGGAGGUGGUAUGUUGGGUUUAACAUUUUAUAAGAAGUGUAGCAGUGGUAUAUGUUACUAACACAAGACUUUUAUACAUAGUAAACUCUAAAUGUACAAAGAUAUACUGUAGUAAAGCAAAUAUACAAAGACAUACUGUAGAGUCUGAAAAUGUAAAGUAUGUAUAUAAAGGCAUACUGCAGUAAAGUCAGCAUACAAAGACAUACUGUAGGAACCUAAAUAUAACAAUAGACUAUUGUAGGGUCUAUCUGGCUUAAACGUAUAUCCACCACAACAAUUUACUCCCUCGUACUACCAAGACACUUACAUUGAAGAAGAACAUACGAAGAAGAUACGAAUUCAUGAUGAACUCGGUAAAAACUUCUUUUAUGUGUUAAGAACGACUAAAUGUUCCGAAAAUUGUUUGAGUAUUAUGAUCGUACUGUGCUUCGUACUGUAAGUUUACUUUUAAAGGUAACUUUUAUUGUAGUAUUAUAUAAAGGCUUGUAUAUAUUAUAGUAUUUACAUUAUAGUGAAUGCAUAAGUAAAAUCUUUAAAAAAAAAUUUUUUUUAUAAUUGGAAACGUACUCAUUUGUGCUGGUACUGUUAUAUUAGUCAACGAUCUUAAAGUAAGUUUUGUAUUACUAAUUUUGAACCUACUACAACAUCAUGAAACAUUUUCUUUGCAGAAAGACCUCGAGCACAGUUGUUGGCUAAACUUCUCCGGUCCGAAAAACGUAAAAAUCAACUCAAGUUACAGUAAUACGGCCAAGAUUACAGUAGGAAUGGAAUCAAAAUUACGGUAAACAACAACAACAAUACAGUAACUCAAGACGAAGUAAAUGUAGAAGUUCAGGAAGAAAACGCAGUACCAGCACCUGAAGAACCAGAUGCACCAGAAAACAAAAUUGAGAAUCAACCGGUCGAUAGUAAUGUGAAAGAGAAUGUGAACAACAAAAGUAUUGAUAACAACGAGAAUAAUGUCACACACAAUGCUGGGUUUGUUCAGAGCCAUGUCUGUUACUGA